GCUCUCUUCUCCCUUUUCUUCUUUACUCUAUUUACAGGCAUAAAUAUAUACUAACAUGAGCUCUUCUACUUUUAUCGUUACCUUCAAAGAUGAUACUCCUAAGGAAGUCAUCAACGAACAAAUCAAGGCCGCCGAAGCUUCUGGUGCCAAGAUUAUUCACAGAUAUGACACUGCUAUCAAGGGUUUCUCCGUUCAAGUUCCUGAUGAAAGUGUAAGCGCUUUGUCUUUUAGAAGCCCUCAUAUUGACAGCAUCGAAGCUGAUGGUGAAGUUACCACCCAAGGCCAAUCUCUUCUUUAAUGCUUAAAAGAUACCACCCUCUUUACUGCCUUUAUGUAUGAACAAUAAAAUUAUUGGUCACAUUAAAUGUUGCACUUUUGCUUUGUUUUCUCAAGAAAAAAAGAAUAGUUUUUCAAAACAGAGUCGCUUACGAGUGCUUUCCUUGACGCGCGGAUGUUCUUCUUUGGUACAAGUAAAUGAGAUUACUCAUAGCGUUGGGACUUGAGUAUAUCAAGUGAUUUGUCCUAUUUCAAGUUAAAAAACAACGGGUAUUCUCGAUAAAUAAUUAUGACAUAUCUUUGUGUUUCAUGUUGUUUAUCAUGAAAAAUGAAAUCAAAAAGAGGGGCAAAGUAAACAUUGGAGGAGCUCGAAACAAGCAGGAACACAGGAUUAGGCAAGGGAGGACAAAGUGACUAUUUUUUUUUAUUUUCU